AUAAUAAUUAAUAAAAAACGAAGAAUCUAGUUUUAACGUCAAUCAAGUUUAAAGUGUUUCUUAACGUCAACAAAUGUAUACAUAUUCAUCGAUGAAUAAUGAUUCGUGGGGGAAAAACGAAAUUGGCUCCUCUUUCUUGGAGCAGUUAAUAUCAGUAAACCAGCACUGUUUCGAAAAUAAUGGCUGCUAGAAGAUUUUUGAGAAUAUUCAACAAUCCAAAUGUGUCAAAAGUCAAAAGACUCAGCAGUGUGGCUCAAGAUCCACAAUUCUUGGGUCUCGAAUGUCGAUUCACUGAUAAAAUUCAUUUCAUCAACAAACAAUCGUACGAUCCCAUACCAAUUUAUCGGAUUUUAACGCCAACGAACGAUGCUAAAACAAUCGCUAAUAUCGUCAAAGUCGAUAAAGAAAGAUUACUUCAAAUGUAUAAAAGUAUGGUGAGCGUCAGUGUGAUGGACAAAAUCUUGUACGAAUCUCAAAGACAGGGAAGGAUUUCAUUCUAUAUGACGAGCGUUGGCGAAGAAGCUUUACAAAUUGGAUCAGCUGAAGCAGUCACACUUAAAGAUCUUAUUUACUCUCAGUACAGAGAAGCUGGUGUUCUUCUCCAUCGAGGAUACAGUUUUUCAGAAUUUAUGAAUCAGUGCUACGGAAACUGCGAGGAUCGAGGAAAAGGGCGACAAAUGCCCGUUCAUUUCGGCUCGAAAGAAUUGAAUUUUGUAACUAUCUCGUCACCGUUAACGACUCAACUACCACAAGCUGUUGGAGCCGCAUAUGCGAUAAAGCGUACAGGAAGCGAUGCGUGUGUCGUUUGUUAUUUCGGGGAUGGUGCAGCAAGCGAGGGUGAUGCCCACGCAGCGUUCAAUUUUGCCGCGACUUUGGAUUGUCCGAUCGUGUUUAUAUGUCGAAACAACGGAUACGCGAUCUCGACUCCAACAGUUGAACAGUACAGAGGUGAUGGAAUUGCAGCUCGUGGUCCAGCAUAUGGAAUAAAUACUCUUCGUGUUGACGGCAACGAUGUUCUCGCCACAUUGCACGCGACUCGUGAAGCUCGAGCAUUUUGCAUCAAAGAAAAAAAGCCUGUGCUCAUAGAAGCCAUGACAUAUCGAGUUGGACAUCACAGCACGUCGGACGAUAGCACAGCUUAUCGAUCCUCCGACGAGAUUGCUGAAUGGAACAAUCAAUCACCCAUAUCCAAGUUUCGAAGAUAUUUAGAAAAUCUUGGCUACUGGAACGGCACGGAGGAAACUUUGCUUCAAAAAUCUAUAAAGAGCGAAGUUUUGUCUUCAUUUAACGAAGCUGAAUUAAAACUCAAACCACAUUGGAAGGAGCUUUUUACGGAUGUUUAUCAACAGAUACCGCAACAUAUUAAAAAUCAAAUGGAGGCAAUGGAAAGUCACUUGAAAGAGUACGGAGAACAUUAUCCACUAAAAGGUUACAAGGAAAUUUGAAUGUUUUUUUUAAUGCAACUAUUUGUAUCUAACUUUUAUUUCUUACACAAAUGAAAAUCAUUACGAGCUA